AUGCGGUUCACAAACCCCUUCUCGCAUCCUCCACGGGACACAUACGAGCAGCACUCUCUCAUCGCCGAACAAGAUGGCCGAGCUUCACCAUCAACAGAAUCGCUGGACGAGAUCAUCGACAUUGAGAAGCGCGAAUACCCCUUCCUGAUCUCAGUGAGAUCCGCACGGAAUUCAGUAUCCUCAUUCCUCAACGAACACCUCCACCUCGGCGGCGACCUGACAUGGACAGACCGCCUCCUCACACUCCUCACCACCUUGAAGCCAUUCAUCUUCCUCUUCCUUCCUACGUUCUUCAUCAGCCCCUUCAACUACUUUACUACAGCCCCGAGCCAGCGACCAAAGCCCAGAAAGUUGGGCCCAACAGCAUACCUAGACGGCCUCCGCGGCGUCGCAGCCUUUGUGGUCUACAUCUUUCACUUCUCCUACCUCUGGUUUCCAGACCUCCGAUGGGGCUACGGCUUCGCGGGCCACCAGAUGUUCUGGCAGAUGCCCAUCGUCCGGGCCCUGCACUCUGGCCGCGCCAGUGUCACCGUCUUCUUCGUCAUCUCAGGCUUCGUCCUCACCCUCAAGACCGUGUCGAUGAUCCACAAGCGCAAGAUGGGCCAGGCUCUAAGUGCCCUAGCCGGUUCCGCCUUCCGCCGCCCCUUCAGGCUGUACCUCCCCAUCUUUGCGUCGACCUUCAUCAUCGCUCUCCUGGUGUAUGGUGGAGAGUACAUUAGAGAUCCCUCGGGAGCACCUGUACCGCCGCGGGGCCCGAGUCUCGACCAGCAGCUGCAGCACUGGUUCUGGAGCACGGUCAACCUGAUGAACCCGUUCCGAGCGAUUGUCAACAGGGAGAACAUGAAGGGAAGCGAGUACGACGGGCAUCUCUGGACGAUCCCCGUCGAAUUCAAAGGCUCGCUGCUCGUCUUCUUCCUCUUGCUCAUCUUUGCGCGAGCCAAGAGAUGGAUUCAUAUGGUUGGUGUCACGGGUGUUACCCUCUGGCUGGUCCACAUCGGCGACUGGGACCAGGCUCUCUUCUGCGCCGGACUUCUCCUCGCAGAGCUCUCCAUCAUCAUGCCCAACACCGCCCCAACGACAGAACCACCCGAAGACCAGCUUCCUAGCUACAGACUGCGCGUCGUCAAGAGAUACGGCUCAAAGUCCAUCCUCAUCUUCCGCCACGCAGGCACACUAGCCCUCUUCUUCCUCGGCCUGCAUCUCUUCUCCUACCCAGAGUACUACGGCGCCUCAACCCCGGGCUUCAUCACAAUCUCGCAAUGGGUGCCAGACUACUACAAAGCAAUGGGCGACCGCACCCAACUCUACUGGAACUCCAUCGGCGCCAUUAUCUUCAUCUUCGGCUUGAUGUACUCCCCGCCCGUUGCCUUCAACCUCAAGUCCCUGCUACUCAGGGGACGCAACAUCCGUCUGCCCUGGCACCAAACCACCCCGGACCUCGACGACGACGAAAAGGAAGAGCUCGCAGCAGCAGCUACAUCUUCCUCCUCUACGGAACCCGAACCAGAAAUAGCCGAACCGCUCCUCCAGCGCCCCUUCACCACGAGCUUCGCGCAGUACCUCGGACAGAUCUCCUACUCUCUGUACCUGUGGCACGGCGCCAUCAACCACAUGGUGGGAGUCAGGUGGCUAUCGCCGGCGCAUGGCGCGUUGUCGCUUGCCGGUGCCCAGGCCAAGGUGCUCACGGAGGGCGGGAACACCGCCGGUGCUACUGAGAUGGUGAACAAGGCUUGGGGCGCCUACGAGCUUGCGUUCUUCUGGGGAUCGCUGGUGAACACACUGGCUCUGUUGUGGGCAAGCGAUGUGUUUAAUCGGAUAGUUGAUGUAAAUGCUGUCAAGUUGACUCGUUGGCUCGGUGAGAAGGCAUGGAGGAAGGAUUGA